AUGUUUGCUACCCUCGGAAAACCGAGGGAAGAGAUUCCGUACGAAAAUCGCAAGAAUUUGGCUCCGGGUUUGAAAGGAUAUUAUAUUCAUAGACUUUUAGUAAAUGCUGUAGCAAUGUGGGCUUCACCUCGUUAUGCUUGUUAUAUUUUCAUGAUGUUAGAUGAACUAUAUAAAGCAGAACGUGGAGAGAUGGAAAAGAAACUUCAUGCAAAAGAUGAAGUCAUUGAAUCCAAAGACAAAAGCAUACAGAAAAGAAUACCACGUUCAGUACCAAAAGGAAAGGAAAAAAGCUAUAAGUAUAUGAUUUACGCUGAAGAGAUGGAGAAAGAAGAAGAUAAAGAUAUGAUUAUGUUGCAUUUAGUCAGAAGAAACAACAAGAGCUUUUACGACUUAGCUAAAAUAUAUAAAUCUGACAGAAACUGGUUCUAUCGUGAAAACUUACCGAUUUCAAUGACACCGAAUGAGCAAAUAAAGGAAAUUGUCAAAAAUACUCUUCCUCAAACACACUAUGACAUCAAAGGUUGCACAAUACUUACAUUCAAAGAAGACUUACCAUUACUGAAGGAAAAAAUAACAGAAUAUUUCGAUAACUUCAAAGAGGAAGAAUGA